AUGACCGACAAGCAACCCUCACCAGAAUUCCUGGCAGCGGAUAUUAGCCCUGUUGUCCUACUGACAGCCUUUUCAAUGAUCGUCUCUUGUACGAUUUUUGUCAUCUUGCGAUACUAUUCUCGUUACUUAUCAGGCACUGCCUUCAGUACCGAAGAUGUCAUUAUACCGUUUGCUUGGCUGGCGGAGGUGAUUCUAUGUCUCUCCGGUAUAUACAUGGUUGAGGAAAGCGGGCUGGGACGUCAUGAAGACUACCUUGACUCUACUGAACCAGGCAAGAUACAGAAACACUACAAGGCCCUUUUGCUCCAGGAAUUUUUGCAUCCAUCGGCCGUGGCCUUGCCAAAGCUCGCUGUUGUUAUCAUUUAUCUACGUAUAUUGACCAACAAGUACGAGCGUUUUGCUGCAAAGGUACUCACCUUCCUCAUCAUUGCGACAUGGAUCUCCUACACGGUUGCACCUGUGUUUCAAUGCACCCCGUUUGCUUUUAACUGGAAAAGCGACAUUCCAGGCGGGAAAUGUUUCAAUUUCCAGCUCUUCGCGCAAAGCUCGAGUGUGCCGAACAUUGCCACCGACGUUGGUGUGUUACUACUGCCUUUGAGAAUGGUCUGGCGCCUGAAGAUCAGUAUUCACAGACGGAUAGGGCUGUUGUUGAUCUUCCUCACGGGGAGCGUCGGCCUCAUCUCAUCUAUUCUCCGUGCUUACGUUUUCGUUGAUGUAUUUUCCGACGUCACCGCCAUUACGGACGUGACGUGGACCCAUGUGUCGCUCGUAGAUACGACGCUGAUAGAGCCUGGUAUCUAUCUUCUAAGUGCCUGUGCGAUUUCCUUCAAGCCUCUACUCCGCAUGUUCGUCAGGGCUUUGCAUUUCCAGAACACGACGCAGACGACGCCCAUGAAGGAUACAGUGGGUGGGAGGAGAAGCCACACAAACCCAUCGCUUGCCCAUACCAAAGUCGCAGCUUAUGAGUCUGUGUAUGAUAUGGGGCCUGCCAGGAAGGUAUCGGAAGCAGGCAUUUCCCGUGGAUUGAGCGAUAUCAGCGAGGAUGCGGGUCAGGAGUCUAAAGGCAACGAGAAAAGCGAAAUGACAACAAAAACUCUUGAUAAGGGAUGA